CGGUGGUGCUGGUGGUGGGGGUGGAGGCGGGCAGCAUCAAAAUGAUGAGGAAGGGAGUCAGCUUCAGGAGGAGGAUCAUCGGUGAUCGGUGAGGAGAAAUGGAUGGGUCUGCGGCUGGGUUUGAGGUUUUCGUUGUUUAUGUGGGUAUGGAUUAGAUUGGUUGAUUGGUGGCGUAUGGUAGAGGAGUUGUUCUUUGUUUUUACUGGUGCUGUUGUAUUGUUUAUUUUCCUUGGGUUAUUUUUGUAUUUUUGCUUUACUCUGGUUGCUAUUGGAAAUAUCGGGAUACGGAUACAAUGGGGGGCAAUAACAGAGUUUAUGAGUUUGGCAACAAAACAAGUUCAACAAUUCAAGUACACGGGAUUUUCGCUUGCGCCAGUAAACACCCAUCCCAUGCAUGGCAAAAGAGUGGCCAACAGACCAAAUUCGUGACAACAUCAAGCAUUCAGACAGGGGGGAAAGAAAACAAUCGCCAAAUCGAAGGGGUGGGAAGGAUAUGAUGAUAAGAGUAAUGGUAAUUGAGGGAACCAGUCAUCAGGGUCGAAACAGGUAUAGCAACAUGGAGGAAGCAAAAUUCAAGAAGCCGCCGGCAUGCAUAGGUGGUAAGGGUAGGUAGAGGG